AUGAAAGGGCCUUCUGGAAUUCCAUUGAUAGGAAACAUUGGGCAGAUCCGCGUGAAUGCAGCUGAGAAAUACAGAGAGUGGGCGAAGACAUACGGAGCAGUUUACCAGAUCCAGCUUGGGAAUAUUCCGGUUGUCGUUGUCAACUCUGCUGCUUCAGCCAAGGUCUUGUUUGGCCAACACGCCCAGGCUUUGAGCUCGAGACCCGAGUUUUAUACGUUUCACAAGGUUAUUUCGGAUACCGCUGGAACUACCAUUGGGACAUCUCCUUACAGCGAUUCAUUGAAGCGCCGCCGGAAGGUAGCCGCCUCUGCCCUCAACCGACCUUCUGUACAAACCUAUAUCCCACACUUGGACGUCGAAACCAAGGACUUCUUGUCUGAGCUCCUCACAUAUGGCAAAGAGGGAACUGUCGGUGUCGAUCCCUUACCUUGUAUCCAACGCCCCGAGUCUCAGUCUUGCCUUGACUCUGAACUGGGGUGUCCGUAUGAGCAGCCAGAACGAUGCACUUUUCAAGGAGAUCACCCACGUUGA